GACUGCAAACCGAAAGUCUAAUAAACGUGUACUCUUGUUACAAAAAGACACGAUAUGAAGUCGCAACUGCGAAGUAGCGGUGAAGUGAAAUUUCAUCGUGUAUGUCAAGACGAUCAUCCAGAUGACGUCUUACAUGUCUACGAACAGAGCAGUGACGAUGAAACUGGAGGUCAACUCAACUAUGAAAACGAUCAAGUACAAUUGCUAGCAGACACGGAGAUUAGAUUGGCGGGACGCUUAGAACGGUCUAGAUGCAAGAGUGGCGAUGCAAAACACACGUUACCGUUUAUUCGCAGACUUGGUGUUGUGCUGUUUAUUCUGCUUAUUAUUGGCUGUGUAAUUGCGGCAAUUCUUCUUUCUGCACAUUCAACCGGUCGUUCAUCUAACACUCUGAUGAGACGUUUACCGACACUCUCACUUCUCAACAGAUUUUGUUCAGACAGCAGACCCCUCAACAUCACUACACAUACUUACACGAGUAAUAAGAAGGUUGAAACUUGCUCUGGUUUUAGUCUCAAGCCAGUGUGGCAUACCCACUAUAUCAACUUGUCUUCUAGCUCAGCAGUACGAUUUGUUGACGUCAACUGUGAUGGGAUUCUUGAUGUUAUUGUGGGGUUUACGUCAGCUCUGGAAUGGUCCAAUGAAAUGGGUUACAACGAGUUGCUGGAGUGUCUUAGAGCAAGUACAAAGCUACCAGACUACUGUUAUGCCGGGAUCAUGGCCUUAGAUGGAAUCACAGGAAAGAAAUUAUGGACACGGAGCUCAACUCACGAAGUGUUUGCAAUACAGUGCUCUGUCGACAUUAAUAGUGACGGAUUUCUGGAUUGCUUUGCUGCUGGAAGAGGUGGUGUUUUGUUUAGUGUUGAAGCUAGAAAUGGCAAUUUUCUAUGGAUGAGUGAUAACAGAGUAACGAAUUACUCAUGGAACUUUUUAACACCUCAAGUUGUUAGAGAUUUUGAUAAUGAUGGCAUAAAUGAUAUUGUGGUUAGUCAUGGAGGAGACAGACGGUAUCUUGAGGAGCAGGGUCAUCGAGGAGUAGGAUUACUUUUGCUCCUUUCUGGUCGAACCGGAAAGGCUCUAUCUGUCAUUGACAUGCCAGACAGCCAUGAGACUUACAUGUCACCUAUCAUACACCAAAGGGCUGAUGGGAAAAAAUGGGUUUUAUUUGGCUCGGGUGGUGAGACAGUAGUUGGCAGCUUGUGGUCAGUGGAGUUGGAGGAAUUUGCCCAACUUGGGCUUAAGUACAAGAAAACUUGGGAAAGUGUUGAUGCUCAAACUGCUAAUAUUGUUACUGUUGUGAAGGGUAGAGACAAGGGGGCUAGUAAUCCGCCCACAUUAGUUGAUUUAAACAGUGAUAGCAUACUAGACAUUGUUAUGCCCAUGUUUGACGGUCAAGUGCUAGCCUUCAAUGGCAUUGAUUACACCAUUUUGUGGUCAGUUGAUUUUGGAAAGGCAGAGUCUUAUGUGUAUCCAUGCAUUGGGCUGUUUAAUAGUGAUGCUGUUCCUGAUGUGGCAGUUAUAUACCAGGAGGGAGAUGUUGGUGAAUAUGAUAAAACUGUUGUAGCCGUUCUUGAUGGAAAGACUGGCAAGUUUCUCUACCGUAGCAAAACUAAUGUUGGACUAGGAACUGCAUCAGCUCCUUUGGCUGUGCACAUGCUGCAGGGUAAUGAUUGGAUCAUUUACUGGAAAGGUAAAGAACAAGCUACUCGUGCUUUUAAAACGGUAGGUAAUGGCCACCAAUACAGUCGACGACAUGAAGAUGAAAAUGUUUAUGACAUAAAAACCAACAACAUACAACUAUUUGCCAAAACUUUGCAGUUUGAAGGUGAAGGCCAGAUGCUUAUGGAACUAGAAACAGGAGUUCAUAGUGGUCAUGUCUUUGGAUUCAACUUCACUUUUACCAAGGAGUUUAGCUUGCUCAGUACUCCAAGCAUUGCUGACCUGGAUAAUGACGGAGUACUUGAUUUUGUUCUUCCCAUGAGUAGAAAGGCAUGCUUUCUUCCAAGUAACUACAAAUCUCUUGAAAUGUCACAGUUUGAUAUCAUGAAAAUGUGCCAUGGAACUGUACUUGAGAUACACAGAAUGAAAAUGGAAAGUGAUUGUCCAGUUGCAUCUAGUUUACAGCAAGCUUGGCUAAGCUAUCUGGGUACAUAUGGAGAUGGAGUGUACAUGUUCUAACAACUGCAAUGUAGUUGAGACCUUUUUAGCUAAAUUUUGCACCAUUCUGCUAGAAGUAUUUUGUUAGUGGUAGUUGGGCCAUUCAAUUUUAUUGCAUUGUAUUAGAUAUUCAUGUUUCUAAUUUUGUCAUUCUAUUGACCUUUAGGGUUGUAGGACAAUAGUAAGACAUGCUCUCCAGUAAG